CUGCUUCUUUUCAGUGGCGCUUCGAACUGGCUUUCUGGCGAAGAGCGAUCACGCCUUGAGGCUGUGCAACGCGAUUGGCGUCUUUCGCGUCCAGCCAAACCUUACUCGGUACGUAUUGCUGGCACGUGUGGCAGCAGUAAGGCACGCGAGCCUACCGGCCAGCCGUGGCAUCGCUAUCGACAGCCAUCGGCGGAUGUCUCUUGUCGACCAGAUGCAGCGGUCGUGGUAGGAAGUUCAACAUCAGCCGCACAUCAGCGGUCCUUGUUCGACAGAAACAGGAUCGCGGCGGCUGCAGUAACAUUGACCGCUUAUGCUGCUGAAUCUCAAAAGGCGGCAGAUGAGCCAAUAAAAGAAGAAUAUGAGAAAGGGAAAGAUGAAGAAAAAGUUGCUACUACUGUUGCUGUCAGUACUGACACGCCGUCUGUGUCGCCUGUACUGCCAGAAGAGUCAAGUGAAAAGAAAGAGGAGGUGGCUAGUAGCGAAGAGAAGCCCAGGGAGGCUCUAGAUGAUGAUAUCGAUGCGGAAGAGGAAAAGCCAAUUGAUAAAUCACCAGGGUUAGGUACGGUUAUGAAGAGGAUGGAGAACAGUGUGUUAAUAAAAGAGGAUGGAUGGAGAGCAGAAGGAGCUUCUUUCGUGCAUUUCUUGGAAGUGGAUUUUUUUUUUCUUGGCCGCCAUCAUUGUUGUUUAGAUGGCCGAUUCUUGAAAUUUGACGAAGAACUGGGUCGUGGUUCGUUCAAGACCGUUUAUCGUGGCUUGGAUACGGAGACAGGAGUGGCCGUUGCGUGGUGUGAAUUGCAGGAGAGCAAGCUGAAUAAGGCUGGUUUAUUCAUGCGGAAAGGCAACGUUUUCGCGGAAAGGCAACGUUUUCGUGAAGAGGCCGAAAUGCUGAAGGGCCUACAACACCCCAAUAUUGUGCGAUUCUAUGAUUAUUGGGAAAGGCAGGAUCAUGCCGGCAAGAAACGGUACAUCGUGCUAGUCACAGAGCUCAUGACGUCUGGCACUUUGAAAAUGUACUUAAAACGGUUCAAACGAAUAAACAUAAAGGUUGGUGAUUAUAAUUUGAUUGAAUAUUUUUGCUCUGUGAGUCAGGCUAUGUUGCGCUUUGCUGUGUCGUUUUGCGACUAA